GAAUGUAGAAGUUCUAACCAUUGAAGAUUGUGAGGAGCUAACGCCUUUGUGGUCAAAUGAUGUGGGAUUACUACAACCCCUCCCCUGUCUUCGUGAUAUGAAUGUUCACAAUUGUCAAAAACUAGUAUCUUUGGUGGCAGAAGAAGUGAAAGAGCAGCCACAACAGGGUAUGUCAUCCACACGCAAUGGCAUGGAAUCUUUACCCAAGGCAGUGGUGUACAACAACACGUGUCUUGAGCAUAUUUUUAUUUAUGGAUGUGAUUUGCUGACGCACAUAGCAGUAGGACGGCUACCUCCAACUCUAGAGAAGCUAACAGUAUAUAAUUGCAAGAAUAUGCAGAUUUUGCUGGACGGGGAUGAUACUAUCAAUUGUAAUAGUAGCAAUUCUCUUCUUGAGUACUUUGGUAUUUGUAAUUGUUCAUCCCUCAAAUCCUUAACAUCCAGCGGAGAAUUACCUGCAACACUUACAAGCCUUGAAAUGUGGGAUUGUAAAAUGCUAGAGUCAGUGGCGAAAAGCUUCCCUUUCAACUCGUCUUUGGAAACAAUUAAUAUUCAGCGGUGUGAAAACCUUAAAUCCUUACCCACGGGCAUACACAACCUUAGCCAUCUACAUCAUAUUUCUAUUUACAGUUGCUCAACUCUUGUUUCCUUCCCGGACGGUGGGUUACUCCCUCGCAACCUUAGAGAGCUGUGGGUUCUCGAUUGUGAGAAAAUGCAAGCCCUACCCAACCGCAUACACAACAUCACAUCUCUUCAAGAAUUGAGUAUAAGGAAAUGUCCAGGCAUUGUAUCCUUUCCAAAAGAAGGUUUUCCCACCAACCUAACAUCACUUACAAUCAGAGAUUGCAACAUCAUUGAGUCGUUGCUUGAGUGGGGAUUGCACAAGCUUACCUCUCCUCAACGUCUUGAGAUUGAUGGUGGAUGUCCGCAUCUGGUAUCCUUUCCAGAGAUGAUGUUGCCUGCCUCUCUAACCUGCCUCUACAUCAGAAACUUUCAUAAUUUGAAAUACUUAUCUUCCAAAGGCUUUCGAUACCUCUCCUCUUUUAAAACUCUGAAAAUUGGUUGGUGCGAAAAGCUGAUGUCCUUUCCAGAUGACGGUCUGCCUCCCUCACUCUUGGAUCUUCGCAUCGUUUGCUGUGAAAAGCUCACAUCCUUUACAGAGGAUGGUCUGCCUCCCUCACUCCAGCAACUUCAUAUUGCAAACUAUCCUCUGCUAAAAGAACGCUGCAAGAAAGAUCAAGGACGAGCAUGGAUCAAGAUAGCCCACAUCCAUUGCGUUAAAAUUGAUGGCAAGUUCAUCUAUGACCCAGAACCAGCAGAGGAGAAUCAGCCCAUGGAUCAAAUCUCCCUAGAGUUUGUGUUUGGUCUUCAGUAAGACAACUCUUUUGGUUGUGGCUCUUCUUUGAUUUCCAAUGCAUUCUGGCUCUCCAUCCCAGAAUGGGAGGCUCCUUUGACUGUCUUUUGAAUGUUGCUGUUGGAAAACCCUCUUGCUGCUGUUAUGUUGGUAUGGUGAACGUGCGACUAUUCUUGGUGGAGUUAACGGCAUCACAAGUGUUUGUUAAAAUACUCAAACGACCAAGCAAAGAGAGAAGGCUUUUGACCAUUGAGUUUUUCAUCACUAAUUGUCAUGUUACUGAUCAUUACAGAUUUGCGAAUCAUUACAAAAAGGUGUUAAAUUCAGAUUGUAAGAGGUGUGGACUUGAAGCUAAUAUAUCUCAUCGAGGGUGGCCAAAGUUCUUCUGAAGUUGCGGAGAGCAUCAAGACAACUUAAGCAUUUUUAUAAAAAGUUUCAAAUCAAGAAAUUCCGAAUGAAGAAUGGGUACAAUACUCAAAACGAUUUUCCCAAUAUCAUAGGUGGGCACAAUUUUUUAAUGAAUGCCUUAUUUACUAUUUAAGUAGGUGAAGUGUUAUGCGAAAAGAUGUAUAGGGUGUCUUCUUAUUUUGACCUUCAUUUGGCAUAUGGUGUUGUGCUUCUUAGCCUUUUGGAUUAGAUUGUGUAUCUAUAAACUUUU